UUCGGUGGCAUAAUAUCGAUCUAUACCAAUAAAUGGCAAACCCUGUACUUUUUUAAAAGCUAUUUAAGAGGUUGUUCUGAAUAUCACUCACUAAAAUUCGUUGGCAUGAAUGUAUUUCACAGCAGGAUAAUGAUUACAGUUGUUAGUUUUAAUGUAUUUCAGAACAUUUACCUGGGCUUGUAAGUUACCUGCAAAGUUGCUUCGCUUCUGAUUAUUACUGGCAGAAUAAGGUUCAGCUUUAUAAAACCAAACGCUAUCAUAUUUGUCAUAGUUCAGUUUGUAGGUUGCCAUAAGAUGCCAAAAAAGCGUAACUCUGUCCAGAUCAAGGAAAGCAAUAUACAGCUAUGAGCCUACUUUUUCAGAUUAUAGGUUUUUCAGGACAGGUUUUUUCAUAUUAUGCAUUGACCUUUGUAAGUUUGGCUUUGAUUUGGCUGGAAGUUCACUUUGCAAGCUGAGUUGAAGUUUGAGAUCGGUUCUUACUAUGUAGAGAGCUGCAUGAGUACAGCUUCAGGAGGGUACCCUGACAGUGUUGAUACAGUAUGGAAAUCAUGUGUCAGAAGACAGCUGAGUUUGACACUGCUUGAAAAUGCUGCUUAUUUUAACUAUGGGAGGAACAAAGGAAAUAUCACUAAACUGCAAAGCAGUUUCUCCAUGGUAUUCUUUCAAAAAGUCACUGUAUUCAUAUCCACCUUGCACUGAAAUCUGAAACUUUUUUUUUUAAACUAUAUUUACAAAUGGUAAAAAGCAACAGAGAGAAGUUCCAGGCACUGGGAUUGAUAGAAGACUCUAUGGGAGAGUAAUGUAUCUUCCUUGCAUGCUUGUUAUCGCCAAGGCACAACUUUGAAUUGUCUGCAUCACAGAGCAGUAUCAGGACUCCUUGCAGGAGCUCUGAUUACAUCAGAGAUGCACUGCAGAAUUCAAAAUACUGCAGAGGACACUGAGUGGGGGAAACAACACUUGCAGUAGAAUUUCAGCAUGUUACUCAAGAUUUCUAUUUCUUUCCUUCAGAAGGGCACCUUUAAUAAUUCUUUCCCCAUUGUCUAGGAGCCUGGCACCCUUCCUGAAUUGCUGCUGAAGGUAGGGGCAGCACAGAUCUCUAAUUUGAUUCCUUCACCAGACAUAAUGGAUAAGAAUAUCAUCUUGUGCAGGCGAGAUUUUUGAAAAGAUGUUAUAUCUUGCUUCGCAUGCUCACCAGACUAUUGAGAGUUACCAAGAGCCCGAGCUGUGGGCCAGUUAUUCUGUAUUACUGUAGUUUCUAGAAGCCAGAACAGCGAUCGGGAUUGUAUAAUGUAGUAAGAGGUAGUUCUUGCCUCAGUAAGCUUAUAAACAAAAUAGAAAACAAUGCUUAGAGAUGAAGUUAUUUGCCCAAGAUGAGAACACAUUAUCAGCAAGGGAGCUGGAGAGAUGAUCUGGGCUUCACUAACUCCCAGGCAUUCAAAGGGCAGAAUGCGAUCUCAGACAAGGAGGGAUUUUUACCACUGGGCCUUACUUAAAUGGAGCAGUUUUAUUUGAGUAUUUUACUGUUACAGCAUAUCCUUGUUUAACUGUUGGGAAAAUUGUUGCUAUAGGCUAAUGUGUUUCUCUGACCUUAUAUUCCACUGUGCUGUCUUUAGUUCUUAAUGCAUUUCUUACAGCCAUCCCCAAUGUCAUCAGUCUGCAAUGUAUCUAUAAAACAGUUUGGUCAUUUUUUAAGCUCAAUAGCAAAAACCUCUUUCCAUUAAUUAGAUCUUUCCCAUCUUAAAGCAGUGCUAAUCAUCAUUCUGUAGAAGCACCUUCCGAAGGAAAACAAGAAACAUACAGAGAAAUAUAUGGGUUUACUUCUUUCACCGUUCUUCAAGCCAGGCCAUCUUUUCUGUUGUCCUUUAUUUUCUCCUUAUUCUCCUCUGUUAGAUACGAUGCUAUGUAUAUCUUAGGCAAAGAACAUGUAAAUAACACAUAGACAGCAUCGAAUACUGUAGCUGCCUGUGUGGGAUCUGUGGGCUUGCCAGUUCUGGUUAUGGAAAAAGGAGGAGUUAGCUUUCAUAAAUGCAGCCAUUCAGUGUAUCACAUGGGGGAUUAAUUUGUCCAAUUUAUUGUUUUGCACAGGUCAAGAAGCUGGAAGUGAAGAAAUAAAUUUUUUUUUCUUUGCUCUGUUGUUUCUCAGUUGAUGCCUUAGGGUUACAGCAUGUCUGACACACGCAGAACAUUUACAUUUCCCUCUCCCCAUUUCUUCCCAUUGUGUCAACAAUGGAUGCUGUGGGAGAUCAAACCACUGACAGAGAAGACACUUGCAGAAUAGCAAAGUGAUGUGAAGUUAUCUGCCAAGAUGACUCUUCUACCUGGAGAAAAUUCCGACUAUGACUAUAGUGCCCUGAGCUGUGCUUCAGAUACUUCCUUCAACCACACAUUCUUCCCAGAAACAGAAACCCUUAAGGGAGUCUUUUACCAAAGAGCCAAGCUAAUUCAUCCUCAAGAGGAUCUCUUGAAAGGCUUUCACCCUGAUGAUCGGAAGCAUCAUAUCAUUAUAAACGUAGGGGGCAUUAAAUAUUUGCUGCCAUGGACCACGCUUGAUGAAUUCCCAUUGACACGUUUGGGACAACUAAAAUUCUGUAACAAUUUUGACGACAUUCUAAACAUCUGUGAUGAUUAUGAUGUGACGUGUAAUGAAUUCUUUUUUGACCGCAAUCCAGGAGCAUUCAGGACAAUCCUGACCUUUUUGCGGGUCGGAAAACUUCGGCUCUUGCGUGAGAUGUGUGCACUGUCUUUCCAAGAGGAGCUGCUGUACUGGGGAAUUGAGGAAGACAACUUGGAAUGGUGUUGUAAAAGGAGAUAUCUGCAAAAAAUGGAGGAGUUUACAGAAAUUAAUGAACGGGAGGAUGACCUCAUAGAAAAUGAAACAACAGGUGAAACAGUAGAGGAGACAAAAAUUGGCUCAUGCAUGAAAAAGUUGCAAGAUAUGGUGGAAAGGCCCCAGUCUGGCCUCCCUGGAAAGGUGUUUGCUUGUUUGUCUGUUUUAUUUGUAACUAUUACAGCAGUGAACUUAUCCAUCAGCACCAUGCCUGACCUGAGGGAGGAGGAGGAAAAGGGCGAGUGUUCCCAGAUGUGCUACAAUAUUUUCGUUGUGGAGUCUGUCUGUGUGGCAUGGUUUUCCCUGGAGUUCCUGCUAAGAUUCAUCCAGGCAAAGAGCAAAUUUGCAUUUUUGCGGAGACCGUUAACCCUGAUAGACAUAAUAGCCAUUCUGCCAUACUACAUCACUUUGCUAGUAGACACCACUUCAGUGGGCUAUAAAAAGCCCAGCUCUGGGAGCAUCUACCUGGACAAAGUAGGUCUGGUCCUCCGCAUUCUCCGUGCCUUGAGGAUUCUCUACGUCAUGCGGCUGGCCAGGCACUCGCUGGGGCUGCAGACGCUGGGGCUGACCGCUCGCAGAUGCACCCGGGAGUUUGGUCUCUUGCUGCUCUUCCUCUGUGUGGCCAUCGCUCUGUUUGCACCACUGCUGUAUGUCGUUGAGAACGAGAUGGCGGACUCGCAGGAGUUUACCAGCAUCCCUGCAUGCUACUGGUGGGCUGUCAUCACCAUGACCACAGUAGGCUACGGAGAUAUGGUUCCCAGAAGCAUUCCUGGCCAAGUGGUGGCACUGAGCAGCAUACUGAGUGGCAUCCUCCUCAUGGCAUUUCCAGUCACCUCCAUCUUCCACACUUUUUCACGCUCCUACAUUGAGCUAAAGCAAGAACAGGAAAGAAUAAUGUACAGGAGAGCACAGUUCUUAUUAAAAACAAAGUCUCAGAUAAGCAACGCGUCACAAGGGAGCGAUAUUUUAUUCCCCAGUAUCUCUUCUGAGGCUAGGGACAAUGAAUGAAAUUUAAGUUACUAUUUCUCCUGAUGUCAAGUAAUGUUUUGUUGUAUCCGAUUCCAUCUUUUAAUUUGUUUUGGAAGCAUUUUACAAAGGUAACCCUCAUAUUAAAAUGAAGAAAAGGAGCUAUUAACCAGGAACUGAUGUGGUUUAAGAAAUCUGUUAUUAAGCCAUUUCCAACCCCAAAGUGUAAUGUAUAGGACAGAUCUUUCACAGUGGGAUUUUAGGAAUUAAAAGUUCUCUGACAAAAAAAUAACCAAUAACAUAUAAUUAUGUUCAUGACAGCCUGGUUUGCCAUUUGCAAUACACAUUUUUCCAACAGAAUCACAAUGUAUAUAAUCAUUAAACAGGCUGCCAUUUUUCAUGUUCUUCUUGUAUGUAAAUAAUGUAAAUAUAAUAAAAUGGCUGAAUUCUCUCCCAGUAAAACACCUUAGAGCAUAAUGAAAAUAACCACAGAUGUUUGUCCCACUGUGCUCUUAAAAAAAUAUUAAGUAAGCUUUGUCAUUCACUACAGCAACUGCACAUUUCUUUGUAAGUCAGCCCUAAGCAGCAGAAAAGAAGGAUUGAGCUGUUGGUAUCAUAAACUUGCUACAAGUAUAAAUACUUACAGCUCACCAGCUUCAAAAUUUAAUUGAGGUUACAGUGUUGAUCCUCUGUCAUUAAAUGCAGUAUUCCCAGGACCAAAGUCUUUGAGUUUUGUAAUAUUUAAUAUUAUAAUCAAGAAGUUACUAGCUUCAAAUCAAAUGAAAUAUGCAUGAUGAGAUUCCACUCAUACCCGACCAUCUGUUUCCAUGUUUCCACUUUACCUCGGAUAUGAAACAGAAUUAAAAGAGGCCUGUUUCCAGGGGACACCCUACCAUUACUUGGCAAAUCAACGCUGCAGAUACCCAUUCACAUUCAGCUUUUGGUUCUUCAAAACGAGCAGAAAAUAUAUGGCCAUGGGAAGUUGCCAAUGGUGAAAAAAAGGAAUUUGACUCAUGGAGUGGAGAGGUACUGACAGCUUUAUCCUUUGCUGUCCUCAGAUGUGGAGGACUGAAGGCUUUAUUAACUGUACCUUUGUCGUCAUUACAUGCAUCACAGUAGCGGAGAUGGUUUUAAAUAGGAUAUGAAAAAGCAAUUAAGGCCCCAAACCACAACUAUGUGCUCUUCAUCCACAUGUGUGUCUUGGUUUAGGUUCCCCUGCUCAAGACAGUAGGGUCACGUGGGUCAAUGAGACACUCAGGUUUGGCACAGGUUUCUA